CAUUUCGUGAAAAAUGCGCCGAUCCCCAUCCGCGCGUCCUUGGUGUUACAUUCAGAGUAUACUACCAAGCCCGAAACAACACUGCCGCUCAAUCUCUAAAGCUUCACCUUUAUCCUACCAUCACCGUCCCGAGAGCAUGGACAUGGGCUCUUCUCGGACAGGUAUGCACACCCAUAGGAGCGCGAUUCAGCAUAUUACUCAUUCGUGUCAGACUGGAACUCUAACGAUGAAUUCUUUAAAUUCACGCGUGGCCGCUUUAUUGUCGAUGAGGUAGAGAACCUUCGGAAGCGAGAGAUUAGAUUUGACAUGAAUAGCCUCGCAAGAGUCGCAGCAGACUCGGUCGGAGCUGCUCGAUGCAUUGCUAUCGAGAAGUACCCUGACGGCAUGUUCAACAAAGCGUUCCUCAUGUCUAUGGACGAUGGCCGAGAAGUUAUAGCCAAGGUUCCCAACCCGAAUGCUGGCGUUCCACACUUUACUACUGCCAGUGAGGUCGCCACGAUGGACUUCGCGAGGAAAAUUCUUAACACACCAGCGCCUCGUGUAUACACAUGGAACUCGCAGGCCAAAUCGCACCCUGUUGGGGCUGAAUUUAUUAUCAUGGAUAAAACUGAAGGUGUUCCUCUGUCCCAAGUUUGGAGCACAAUGAAACUACCGCAAAAGCUCUAAGUGCUUCUUGCUAUGACACGCCUCCAGAAACAAUGGCUGAGCGUUUCAUUCUCGCAUUACGGCAGCUUGUAUUACACGGAAGACGUGCAGCCACUAGGAGGUAACCACUUUGUCAAGAAUGGCAAGGCUGUGAGAGAUUCGGAGUUUGCCAUUGGCCCGGCUACAGGCCGGGAUUGGUGUGACGCAGGCCGAUCAAAUUUGGACAUUGAGAAAGGGCCAUGGGCUUCUCUAACGCAGUAUCUGCAAGCAGUCGGGACGCGAGAGGUGAAGGCAAUCCAGUCUCUAGAACCUCCGAAAUCGACCGCCUUGUUCUGUGGCCCAAAGCUUUACCGACCAGACACGGAAAAGAAACUUACUGCUUUAGCAUGGUACCGACAAGUCAUUGAUGCCCUUAUCCCAAAGGAUACAGCCAUUACCAGACCCUGCCUCUGGCAUAAUGAUUUGCAUGAUGACAACGUCUUCGUAGACCCGCAUAAUCCCGAAAAGAUCACGGGCAUUAUUGACUGGCAGUCUUCCUUCCUUGAUUGGGAUGGCCUUGAGCCUGAGACGCUUGAUCUGGCACCACGGCCGAAUCUCUCCGGGCUUUCGCCUGAAGAACAGUCCGCGGCUGUACAUGAGUAUACCAUCCAAAACGUGUUCAUUGGAUGGCGGAAACUCAUGCAUGCCAAAAACCCAGACCUAUACAAAGUAGUCGAAUUCCGAAGGACGGCAGCUUACGGGCUGAUAUUUCUUGCCCACCGAAUGUUCGAAUACGGCGAGGCGCACUUCCAAUCGCUUCUGGUUGACCUGAAAGACACGUGGACGGAUUUACCUGCCAUUACCAGCGACACCCCAUUCCCGUUUGACUUUUCAGAAGCAGAUUUCGAGCGUAUUAAACUGGAUAGCGAUGGUGCAGUGGCAGGAACCGAACUUGUUGCGGAGGUCAAGGAGAGAAUGGGCGAUUUGUGGCCGGACAAAGGCUUCAUCGAGCAGGAGCGAUACGAUGAGUGCAAAGCUGCCCUCCACAAAGUCAAAGGCCUGAUAUUGGAGCAAUUGGCUGAAACUGACGAGGAAAAGGCUGAGUACGAGCGCUGUUGGCCAUUUGACUGAUUCUCUAUUGUAUCAAGGAAAUGGUAUGAUUGGGAGGAAAGACAAUCUUUCCAAUACUCCUUGGCCUUUUCAUCCAAAUUCGGGUAGUUUCUCAACUCGGGAUACGGAGGCGUGAUGGUAGUGAUCGACCAGCUCGUCUAACCAAGGACCGAUGUCAGCAGCGAUUUUCGGUCGAUCAAGCAGGUCCUUCGAGAGAUUUCUGCCACGGCUAAGUCAGAUAGCGAGAAGGCUGCACCCUACGAUUCUAUCCGCUCCGGUUAUGACAUAAGUACCAAUGGCAUAUGGAUUGUGAAUAACGGACAGAAUGUGCUUUGGCUACCUCCACAGUAUCGUCCGGAAACUUUUACGGUAGCAGAUUCAACAGUGGCCAUCGGCUGUCGGUCAGGUUGUCUCUUAGUGAUGCGUUUUCAACGGAUGUGAAGGACUCUUAGAACGCCUAAGUCAUACUACACUAAGGCCAACGAAAUAUACACAGUUCUGUUGCGUAUGUUAGGAUGCAAAUAACUCGGCUGUUUCUUGUAAACGGAGCCGGCUCUGGGACCCGGCGACAAGAUUAAUUCUAUAUAAUUCAUAUAAAGUUCUGUUCAAACUUCCA